CAGAUGUUGUGGAGUUGAGUUUCAACAGGUUGCCUGACCACUUGAGGGAAUGCUGUCUCCAUAUGGUUGUGUUCCCCGAAGAACACGUGGUCCCAGCUUAGAUGCUGACGCGCUUGUGGAUUGCAGAAGGGUUCGUGCGCCCCAUGGAAGGGAGAAGUUUGGAAGAAGUUGCAGAGCAGAGCCUGAGUGAUUUGGUCACCAGGAACUUACUCAUGCUUGACAGGAAAAACCCAAUGGGGGAGAUAAAAACAUGUCGGGUUCAUGAUAUGAUUCGCGAGUUUUGCAGGAAAAUCGCUCUGGAACAGAACUUGUUCCAAGAAAUUAGGAAAAAUAAGGAAGGAGUACUUGAUCCUCCGGUUUCUGAGAUACAUGUCAGCAAUCCCAGAUGCCUUCCUUCUGCUCAGGGUUUUGGAGUCAACAUCCAUCAGAUUCCAUCACUUUCCUGCAAAGCUGACCAAACUGAUUCACUUGAGGUAUGUGGCUCUCACGACUAUGGAAUCUACAGACUCUUGUGGUGGAGACAAAGUCUCAGCUCGUUCCAUUACGAUGAAAGCCAACAUAUGAAAAAUGUACCGGUGAGACAUCUCAAUAUGAAUGCAGCCAUUGCCUUGGAGGACCCGAAAUGGGACGGUGCGGGUGGUGAAAACCUUAAAACACUGAGCAGAUUGGCGCCGGAAUCUUGCACGAAAAAGGUGUCCGAAAGGGCAAGAAACCUCAAAGAGUUGGGCAUUCGCGAGAGACUUUCCACUCUUUUAAUUAGUACCAUGUCGAUGGAAAACUUGGGUCGUCUUAAAAAGCUGAAGCUGGUAAAUGAUGUAGUACUAGUCUCGGACGACUCUGAGUUUCGCCUUGUUGGCCUCCCUCACUCCAGGUGUUUCCCUCCCAAUCUGAGAAGGCUGACAUUAUCAAAUACAUUCCUGGGUUGGAAGCAUAUCUCCACAUUGGUUGGCAUUAAAAGCCUGGAGGUUCUCAAGUUGAAAGACAAUGCAUUUAGUGGAACCACCUGGCAUGCUGCUGUUGAUCAUGUUUUCCCAAGUCUCCAACUCUUGCACAUCAUAAAUGCUGAUAUAGUUUCUUGGGUGGUUUCUGCUGAUAAUCUCCCUAGCCUUAGCUGUCUGGUGCUUAAGAACUGUGAAAAACUGGAAUGUAUUCCAAUUGAUCUCGGCAAUAACUUGGAGUUGUUGGAGAUUGAGCGGCUUGGCAGGCCAGCAGUCCACUCUGCCAAGAGGAUUGAGGAAUUGAAAAGGUCCAAAGAGGAGCAACAACGGAAUUAUACCAAAUGGGGGAUUUGGUUCAAGCUUCAAGUCGGCCCAGGAUGUGGGAAAUAACCCUAAAGUCUUCGUAAUUGAAUAGGUAAUUAAACAAAGAAAAUAUGACAAUGUACAUGUAAAAUAUGGAGCUCCGCACACUUUUCAUUAUAUGACAAGUGAAUCUUUUCUCUUUUUUUUGUUGCUAAAAGUUCGGUUCUUUUAUAAUAUUGUAUCAAAUAUCAAUGGAUUAAGAUUCAUAAAAUUAGCAUUGACCU